AUGGCGGAAAGUGCACUCAAUAUCUUUUCCACUUCUACUAUUAUUAAGCUGGAGGACCAACACAUUGUUGACAAACAACGAGAAAUAUGAGUAAUCCGUCUGUCAGUUUCACAUAAUCUCUCAGCCCAAGCGCUCAGCGCUGAUCUACAGAGCAAUGCAUUCAGUAUCUUUGGCAUAGAUGGAUUCCGAGAGCCUAACUCUUCGACCAUUCAGGGUGAGCGAUGUGGAUGACUUAAUACUGUGGGCGGGUGAUGAGCAAGUCACUCGAACCAUCCGAUGGAAGACCAUCACCUCUAAGGAGGAAGCCUUGACCUUCAUCAAAGAAGUCUGCAUCCCCCACCCUUUUUGUCGAUCCAUAUGUAUAGAUGACCGCUCCAUCGGCUUUGUUUAUGUCAUCAGGGCAAGGUUCAAAGUAUCGGCCGAGUCCGGUACGACUCGGCCGAGUCGUAUCCGCCUCGACACCUGCCGCGACGAGACCGAUACCAGAUACGGUAUAAUGCAUGAACUCGACUGGGAAUCGGUUAGACUCGACUGACUUGUCUGAGUUUCCGAGUUAACUCGGUUGACUCGGUUAGGUUACAGAGAAUUUUCAAAUUUUUCAUAAAAUAAAAAAAAAAAAUUAACCAGAGAUUGCCCUUCCAAAAGCAAACACCUAUUCUGAAAUUUUAAACCAUCAAUAAGAAGAUCAAAGAAGAUGAAGAAGAAAAAACCCUAACCGUAACCCAUUCGGAAAUAAGCGGAGAAACCACCGAAGGAUGAGGGCAUGAUUUAUGAUUUACUUACCUGAUUUUCCUCAAAAUCGAGCAUUACCAGAGGGUGGAGCUUUGGUGUCGGCGGUGGUGACUCGUCAAGUGGACUGAAUAUUUCAUCGGCGGCGUCGACAAGACAACCCCUCGCAAUCAGAUUGCUCCCCCUCCCAUGUUAGGAACGGUUAUAAAUUUGCGAUUGCAAGUGGUGUCGUCUGUUGUGGGUCUUGACAGCAUGGUGGUGUGCGAGGGUGGGAGAUUGAGAGCUCUGUUGUGGGUCUUGACAGCAAUGGUGGCGAGGACGGGAG